CAGUGUAGCGCGAGUGUCCAAGGGAGAUCAUGAGUGCAAUGGUAGGUCAGGGUCCCCUAACGAGACCUAGCUCUUAAGUUCGUUCUUGAUUCAUCGUUAACCUACGAAAAAUGGCUGCAGCAGCAUCGUCAGCGUCUCGCUCUCUAGUCCGCCCGCAUCUACAGCAGCAUGUCGGGGCUGUAGUUCCCUGGCAGCGGGCACGUGAGCCGCUGCGGUCAGUGCGCGGGUCGGAGGGCAACGACGUGGAUCGGGAUCAGCGCAUUGACCGUCUAAUCGCCGACGCAGACGCAUCCUCUUCAGCAGCAUCGUGUUCCUCGGAACGAAACAACGAGGCCAAACAGUGGAAUCGAGAGCCCGCUGCUCAUUUGGUUCGACUGGCUGAGGCCUUGCAGGCCUUGUCUCCCGACGAAUUAAAGGCCUUGGAAAAAGAAUGUCGUAACCGGCUGAGCGUAACUCCUGCAACCCAGAUUCGUGGGCUAUCGUCACGGUCACCUUUCCCACAUCCUAGAACCUUCUUCAGAGGAGAAAACGGCAUGCGGACGCUUCCGAUCGGCUAUUCAGUAUUCGGCUCUGGCAUUUCACUGCCCCCGGUUAGCAUGUUUUUCGGAGCCAAAGCUCCGUCAGGUGGAAGUCCGCCAGCUGCAUCGCAGGUGGAGACAUCGGCGGCGUCGAAAGGGACGAAGAGAUAAAGACAAGAUGGAAAUCUUACAAUUGAAGAUCUGUGUGGAUUAUCCAAUGGCUUCUGUGUAGAAGAAGAUCCUCAAACAGCUUCGAAUCCAAUGCGAAAUCUCUUCCUAUGUUCGCCGGAGCCGGGCACACCUGAAUUUUUAGGGUUUCACGUAGCGAUUGCCGUCCGUGUCCUCGAGACUGGAAAAAGAGCGACGAUGUUACACUUGCGGAGAAAUGUC